AUGGACGCAGCGUCAAUCAAGCCGUCUGGGUCGCCACAUGCGUCACGCGGCGAGGAGCGCGAAGGCGAUGGCGGUUCUCAGCCAAAGAGGAGAAAAGUACGAAAAGGGACGAGGAGCUGCUGGGAGUGCCGGCGACGGAAGAUGAAAUGCAUAUUCGGGUCGCCGGCAGACACCGCCUGCAUCAGCUGUAAGCGACGUGGUGCUAAAUGUGUUGACCAGCAGUUCCCCGAGCAUAUAUCAACGCCUUUAGACCGUAGCCUUCAGAUGGGAGACCGAGUCGUGAGAGUUGAAGCACUCGUUGAGCAGUUGCUCAACACAGUCUCCAAUAGCUCGGACCCUUGCUGCACAUGUGCGACGGCACAAGACAAUGGAAAGUCUCGUCAUGACAUUACUAGCCCUGCUACUAAUAGCCCUUUGCUUUCGCCAUCGCAUAGUUCAUAUGAACAUUUGGAUCACGACGAGACCCCUCAAUACGAAAUCUUGGACGGCAAUGGCAGCGGCAGACCUUCUCAUCGAAUAUAUGAUAAAAAUCGUUCUAUUGGACUAGGGAAACACCUUGCAUUAUCCCAAGUUCUAUAUGAAUCGUUACCUACGCCACAGGACAUCGAGAUAAUCGCCAAAGCGCGGGGUGACUUGUCUUCGCGUUUUUAUCAAAUGCUGACUGUCCCGUACAAUGACCUUGACCAGAGCGACCCUCAGUCGUUAGAUAGCCUACUUGAGCGGCCGGGAUCAAAUGCCCACCCUGUUCUGAUAGGGUUGUACAUGCUCAGAAUUGCUACUUUCUUGCAACAUCUCCAUCCGGAUCUUCAUAAGAACAUCAAAGGAUUAUCAGACCCUCCGCGUCAGAUGAUGAACCGCCUGUUCAGCACCGCCAUCGGCCUCGUAACCAUGAACGAAAGUCUUAUCAGCAGCAUUGAAGGACUCGAGUGUGUGAUGUUAGAGAGUUUGUGGUAUACAAAUGGCGGAAAUCUACGCAAAGGCUUGGUUGCAAUCCGGAGGGCCAUAACCAUUGCGCAAUUGAUGGGGCUCCAUCGCUCCUCUAGUGGCCCGCCGCAGUGUAAGCUUCUCAACCCAGAAAAGAAAGUUCAUCCAAAGUUUAUAUGGUUUCGUAUUGUAUUUGCGGAACGACACCUUUGUCUCAUGCUGGGUCUACCUCAGAGUACUGUCGAUCACAGUAUGGCUUCCAAGGAUAUGCUCGAAACUGAUACCCCCAUGGGGCGUCUUGACCGCAUGCACUGCGUUAUUGCAUCUCGUAUACUCCAGCGCAACCAGUCCGACCCAAGCCCCCACGAUUUUGCAUUAAUGAUAGAAUUGGACAAAGAGUUACAGAAAGCGGCUGAAGACUUGCCUAAAAAGUGGUGGCUUCACUCAAACCUGGCAACGACCUUGGACAACCCUCAGACGCUUUUCUGGGAUAUGCGGCGGCUAUUCCAUCAGCUAUUUCACUACACUCUUCUCAACCAGCUUCAUCUUCCCUAUAUGCUCCGCUCCUCAAUCAACGGACGCGAAAACCAAUACUCACGGAUUACCUGCGUCAACGCCUCCCGAGAGGUUCUCUCGCGCUUUAUAACAUUCCGAAGCUCCGACCGUAUUGCUUUCUGGUGCCGGACACUGGAUUUUCUCUCUCUGAUGGCGGCCAUGACACUGUUAAUAGCGCAUCUUGACGGGCACCGUCAAGCUUCCAUGUCUCCAUCACGCGCGCAGUUGCAGCAGGUAGCAAGAUCAGAGAACUUGCUAACGCACCAACGUCCCGGGGACCGCGCGAUGAUAGAACAAGUACAGGAAAGUAUAGAGGAAGUCAGCCGACAAAACGGGGAUGCACUAGGAGCACAGAGUGCAGAGCUGCUCCGACGACUACUGUCUAUUGAGGCCGAGGCAGCCGAAGGCCAUAGAAGCAGUGUGGACAGCGUAACUGUGCGGAUACCAGCGACUGCUGAAGAUCCAGCGGACGAAGAGAAUGAAGAGAAAAGCAGCGUUGUGAGCGUCUACAUACCAUAUUUUGGUACCGUCAAGAUCACUCAUGGAGGCAUCAUCUGCAAGGAAACGCUUACAGCGCAAAAGCACGUCGCAUAUACAGCUGAUCAAGGCUGGAUACAAAAUUCCGAAACAGAUUUUGUCGAUAAUGCAGUCGAAGUUCUAAAGACUUGUAGUAGCGCUCUGGUCGAUAGAAACAGCGGUAAUAGCCGACAAACAGAUAGAGAUGUUCGAGCAGGAAAGCUCUCAGUAUUGGCUCCUUCUGCCGGGGAUUACAGUAACACUACACAAGAAAACAGUAUAACAGAGGGUUUUCUACAACAAGAGGAAGAUCUUUUAUUUACCAAUGGGGCUGAUGACUGGGUCUACCAAAGUGUUGACAUGGCCUUUCUUGAUUCCUUGGUGAGAGAUGUUGGAGAUGAUCGGGGUGGAAUGCCGGAUAAGUGGGAGGAGCAGAACGUGCUCUAA